AUGGAGUUCCCAACAGCAGCGGUAACUAAUUUUCGGAUGACUGAUGUAUAUUCUACCAUACAUUGGAGAAUAUACGCCGUUGACACCCGCCAAGCAUCAUCCUCGGAAGCAGAACGGCUAGGCAUACCUAACUCAACUUUUGUGAAUGAACUUGAAUUCGUAGUGCUUGAAUUACGAAAUCGAGGCUGCCUUGUGGAAACUGUUACUGGCAAGGAAGCUUUCUGGAUCUUUUCUCACGAUGGCGAAUUCGAUAAGCUCCUGCGAUUUUCCACCGUGGAAAAUGACCGCUCAAUUAACUCUCUUCAAAUCAAUGGAAUCUCGUUUAAACAACUCCAUACAGACUUUACACCAUUGGCUUAUCUCAUGAAACGACUUGUGACAGAACCUCAUGGUGGUAUUUUCUCCCCUUUAAUUCAACAGACACUAGCGAAUGCCAAAGCGAAUUAUCCUAUCAAUCGGGAAGCAGUAUCUUCUUCAGCCUUCUAUAAAGCAUUGACGACUGCCAUCGCCGGGCUGCUUUCACUUCGCGCAACACAAGUCCAUGGAGCAAUACCGCUUGGAAAAAGAUCGAUUUUUACAACAAAAAAAUCAACUAAAUUAUCUACUAAGCAUGACCACACAGAUCAUCUCCCUUUAGGAUGUACAUCACUACUCUCAACCCUUAGUAUUGAAUUGAGUUUCAAAACUUUAAUUCUCUCCUGGCGUACUGCUUCACAGGAUGGAUUGCAGCAAUUGCUCCCAUAUUUGAAAUUGAAAGCUGAGAAUAACAUAUCGUUGCAUGAAACAAUAUGGUUAGCACCAACAGGCCUUGCCUGUCGAUUUGUCGGCCUUGACACAAGCAUUUCAAGUGCUUCCCAGUGCGCGCCAUCUAGUGAUAACUGCACUUCUGGGUCUAAACUAAGAGGUCUCUCAGUGUAUCCUAGAGAAUGGAAGACAUAUGUUUGUCUCUGGCUUCACAAACUUGCACUCUGCUCAGAGGACCCAGAGACAGAGAAAUGGAUUGAAGUAGAAACAUUAAAUUCACUGGGUGCGCAAUUGUAUGAAGGUGAAAGAAAAAUUAGAAAGGUUGCUACAUAUCAAAAGUUUCUUUGGCCCGCUCGCCUGUGUUUCAAACGCCUGGCAAAACAGCCUCAAAAUCCUCCAAGGAGCAUUGAAUACUUACAAGGUAGAACAAUGGACCCUUUACACUUUGCUGAAAAGUGGUUCAAGAUUGCAACCUCAGAGGAAACCUUAGAAAGUAAAAAAGCUGUUCGAGAAACACAGAUGUCGGAUGCCCCGCCCCUUGGAAUGACAGCAACUCCAUCUAACAGCUCUGACUUAUCAACAAGCCUAGCACGAAAAAUAAAUCUCCCUGAAUUAUCUUCUGGUGCUGUAUACCCUACUCCACCCGACGGAACCAGUGGAAGUAAUCAAGGACCUGCAUACGAUGGCCUGAGCAUCCUUGGAGUACCGGCUGUGAGUCACAAUCGCGAUCAAAAUGAAUCCAGUACUAUGAGCCCCGGUCUGUCUAAUACUGGUCGACUUGCCGCAUCUGCACCUUUACCCGGUGUUUGUGAAACAGCAUCCACUAUGGAAAUUGGCUCGGGAAUGUAUGAUACCGCAGCAGAUGAGGGUCUUUUUGACGAACUUGAUAACUUUGAAGCGAAGGAAAUUACUGAGGCAGAUUUCAAUUUCUUCGACGAGCCAGAUUUAAGUGAUAUGGAUAUAGAAAAAAGCGAUGAUGCACACCAGGAUUCUCGAGAGGCCCUGAAGGUCGACAACAUCAAGCCUUUAGCAGGAAUUGAUAUCGAAGCCGAAACAGGUCCUAUUGGGGACCAAAGAGCGGAAUCCGCCCGGCUGGAAAUUCCCCAACAUCACCCAGAUUCGCUGCAUCCUUCACCGAUGUUUUCAGAAGUGGAACCUUCGGCUGACCGUCGUGGCGACAGUGUGUUAGGAUACGAAGACUCGCUCCCCACCCUCAGCCCGCUACAUAUAAAAGAGAUAUUAUUUUCUGACAAUCAUUUCUCGUCUCCUACCAUAGAGCAUCGAUCCGCAAGUAUUAAAAAUACAAGGAAAGCUGGACGCGACUAUGGCCCCAUUCUUUUCAGAAAGGAUUUACUGGCCUCAGAUGAGAAAUAUGGAAUAAAUGGAAAAUUUUGGUUCGUGGCUAGUAGUGAUAGUCCAAAAGCCAACGAUACUACCAAAUUACACGUAUCUGAGAUCCCAACGCUCGGUAUUCCGGAAUUACGAACCAAGACACCGCAUGUUCAUGGCUCCACGGCAGAAUCUGUAUCUGGCGUUCGGCCUCCUUCUCCCUCCACAACGGAAUCUAGCGAAGACGAAAAUGAAUUUGGUAACACCCCCCUAUCCUCAGACAAUAUCAGCCCUUCCUUUCGCCUUUUCUUAGAUAGAAAAGACAAUGGGCAAGUUUUUCAAGAUAAGGACUUUCCGUCACCUUUAGAUAAUUCAAGUACCAACACUGGAGCAUCCAGAACAGGAAUGGAUGCAAACACGCUUUUACUGCUGCGUAACCUUGUUUUUCGAGGCACCGAUUGGUCAUUUGAUGGCCUAUUUCCAGUGACGUGUAGGUAUCUUCCUACGCUCCUUCAAAAAAAAGACUUGAUUCAAGUUGCCCAACUUGUACUUGACCAAAUUACGCAAUCCAGCCUUCGUCAUACCUCCAGCACAAACGUUGACAGUGAUAUCAACUUCGAAGACGACAUUCUUCCAUUGAGCGUUACCGACGAGGACACUUGGCAUGGAGAGUUUAGCACAGUUAAUCUAAAACGCUACACAGCAGUUGACGAAGAUACUUGGGUCCCUGGACCGCGCAAAGAUCCUAGAUACAUUACCCUUGGCUCUAUGUCAAAAUUAGACCCUCCCCAUAUUCAUAUUCAUCGAGGAAAAAAUUUUCUUGAUGUUCUACCUCCUGCUGUUUUAUUUUGGGAACCGUUCGGUUUUGGGCCUACGCAAGGACAAAAAGACAUUAUUUCAUACUGUAUUCACCCUCAAAGUGCAAAAAAGGGAGCAGAGGCGUUUCUUGAGAGUUUAGGCUCGUCAUAUUCCAGUGCUAGCCUUGGGCAGCAUUCUCUUCCUCCCGAUUCAAAUGGACUAAUUUCGUGGGAGUUCGAUUCCAAAAUCAAUCAAGAUUAUAAUGCAGCUAUGGAUAGACUGCGGCAUACAUGCGAAUAUUUAGGAAGCCGCAUCUCAACGAUAUCCCCCGGUAGCAACAACAUAGUUGUAUAUAUUGUGAAUCCGUUCUCCCACGAGGCUGCGAUCGUUGACAUUUGCGCAGCUUUCGUCUGUCUCUUUCGAAAAUAUAUGUCCAAUCUUGACAAACGAACUAUUGCACUAAACGAAAUUGUUCUACAAAUUGUGCCACUCUCAUUUAUUGCUUGUUUAGCGUCACUUGUGGUGCCUCCUCCGCGGGAUUAUUUGCACUUAGCAUUCGAAGUUUAUGGUCGCUGUCCCCCCAAAAAUCGCUCCGCCGAUCGCCUAGCUUGUGCACCACCUUUUACGCUUGCGAAUUCCACACCUAGAAUCAUCCCUUUCAAACUUUCAGCAGAUCCCGGCUCACCCUUGGCUGAAAAGAAUUCUAUUCAUGUUGCGCUUUCACACAGCCCCGACCAACGUUGGAUUGCAGUUUCGUGGACUGACAAUAUUGGAAAAAGUCAGUUAACAAUGGCUUACUGCUUACGCCAAAAAGGCUCCAGUGUUUCGAGACCCAUUUCCGAAGUCAGGGCCGAUAUAUGGGAUAUCACGCGUGAUAUUAUUAACAAUUCCCAUUCCUUCUGGCGAGUAAUAAUGGUCAAGGAUGACCCAGUUGAGCCAGAAGAAUUAGAAGCUUGGAUAUCGCUUGCUCAGCAGCAUAACCAAACAAGACUCACCAAAAUUGAGUUGACCCUUCUCAAUAUUAACAUUAAGCCAUGCCUUCGCCUUAAGAUCCCUCCACCGCCUCUUCAGAUUACCCCAUUACUCACUACCAACAUUUUUACUCCGGUUUCAACUCCGAAUCUCAGCAUGCCCUCGCCAGACCCAUCUGCCGCAGCACCUACACCUCCCCCAUCUUCCGAGCAAGUCCAAACACCCACCACCCAGAUACCCGAUGCCCCCAAUUCCGACACGCUUCUCAUCGACAAGUCUGACGACACAUGGUCAAUCACACUAUCUCAUCGAAUUAACAUUUCUCCUUCUUUGACUCGCUACCACCCCUCUCUUGCUAGCGGAUAUCUUAUCCGCCGUAGUGGUACUAGUGAUACAACAGGGCAGGCAUCACUGUGUUUAAAUGUUGCAUUUACAAAUGCUCGUCUGCCUAUUGAGAUGCUAUUGAAGGAUAUAUUACGCGUGUAUCGUGACCUAUCGACUCUGGCUAGGACAAAAGGCAUUGUCCAUGCGCAAGGGGACGAUGUCUUACCAUGGCACGUCUCUACAGCAGUGAGAGGAAGGGAGUUUCUAAGCCUGGUUUUGUAG